UUCUAGUACCAUUUGAAAGAUGGAUGAUGAUGAUUUUGGAGGAUUUGAGGCAGCAGAGAGCUAUGAGUGUGGAAAUGGUGAAAAGCAGACUACAUCUCCUGCUAUUUCUUGGGCAGCAUUUCCUACAGUAUCUGAAGUCCAUAUAUCUCGGAAUGUUUCUCCUGAUGUUCUUCUGAAGCACUCUGUGCCUUCAUCCUGCCUGGUUCCUCCUGACUCAUUCACUUUAUCAAAUGAUAACGUGGCAACAGCUAUUCAAACAGCCAACAUUAUAAACCCAGCUGUACUUAACGAACAGAAUCAAGUAGAUAUUCAAGUUGCCUCUUUGAAUUUAAAUGAAGACAUAUCCUUAGUCACAUCAGCCAUUGGUACAGAUGAUAAUGAGACAAAGAGAAAAAAUGAAUUGAAGAGCUGUCUUCAACAAACUGUAGCAAACCUAGAAACCAAGCUUUGCACUGCUGAAGAAGAAAAAAUAAAAACAAAACAGGAAUUAGAAUAUUUACUGGAAAAAAACAGUAUUCUAGAAAUGAAUUUCUUGACGGAAAAAAAAGAAAAGCUACUUAAAUAUCAAGAUCAUUACAAAAUGAUCCAGGAAAAGCAUAAGCAGGAGUUAGAAGAUAUGAGACAAGCUGGACAUGAAGCUUUGAGUAUUAUUGUUGAAGAAUUCAAGGCACUGCUACAAUCUACAGUUCAACAGCAAGAAGCAGCUGUUGAAAAACAGUAUAUACUGGCAAUUGAAAAACAGUCCCACAAAUGUGAAGAACUUCUUAAUGCUCAGCAUCAGAGACUUCUUGACAUUUUGGAAGCAGAGAAGGAAGUCUUAUCAGAAAAGAUAGAAGAAGCUUUGAUGCAACAGUCGCAAAAACAUAAGGAAAUGCUCGACAAAUGUUUGGAUGAAGAAAGAGAAAGAAGUAAGGAAGCUGUGGCAGCUGCUAUGAAGGCGGAAAAAAAAAUAGUGCAGGAGGCUGUUCUGAAAGCAGUAGAGGAGGAAAGGAGAAAUAUGGAGAAGAUUCAUGAAGAAGAAAGAAAAAUGUGGGAAACAGAACGUGACAGAAAUAAAGAGAAAAUUGCCCAGGCCGUUCGAGAAGCAAUGCAAGAGCAAAGAAAACAUAAUCAAGAAAUUGUCAAGGAAGCAUUAAUGGAGGAGCAAAAACGAAGUGAAAAGGCGGUAGAAGAAGCUGUGAAAAGGACAAGGGAGGAACUGGUAGAAUAUAUUAAAGAGCAGAAAAGGCUUGAUCAAGUUGUUCGUCAGAGGAAUCUGUCUAGUUUGGAACUUUUCCUCUCAUGUGCACAGAAACAGUUAAGCAUUUUAUUAAAUGAAGAUCCCACAACUACAGAGGAAAAAAGAGACUGACAUUUGCUGUACCACUGGUACAGUAUGAUUUGUGGAUCUGCAAAUCUUGGUCAAGCAAA